AUGGACGCCGCUCAGUUAAAACAGGAAUUUGAGAAGGCUAACGCGAAGUUAGAUAGGUUAGAGGCUUUGAGGCGUGGGGCCACAGAGGAAGAGUACCAAGGGGAGAAGGACGAGUUGGCGCAAGAGGAGAUUUACUGGAUGGAGCUAAAGAAGACGUUGCUGCUAAAGCAACCCGCUGCUGGUAAUCGUGAUAUAGCUUCUCUACAAAAACAGCUUGAGGCUCUUAGUCGUAGAAUAGAAAGUGGUUUUAAGAAGUUAUCCCACCUUGUGAAAGCAUCGAGUCUUUCAUCAGGUUUUGUAACGGAAACUGAAUUGGGUGAAAAUGUGCUAAAGGAUGGAAUAGAAAUUACCUUCCCGCUCAACAUAACCGAAAGUAUUAAAUCACGUUCACCUGGAAAGUUUUCAGAAAUACCUGAUAGAGACGCAAGUGAAAAAGAAAUACAAGAUUACUUUAUGAGUGAAUGCAGUGUACUAGAAAAUUAUUCCGUUAUAAAAAACAAACUUAAGCUUACUGUUGAAGAUACACGUCAAUCGCCGGUACUAGGAACUCGGAAGCCAGAUUUUGUAUUUAUCCAAAAAAAUACAGAUGUAAAUUUCUUAAAUAUUUUGGCCAUCGGUGAG